AUGAUGCACGCCACUUCCGUGCUCAAUGGCUUCUCUCUCUUGCCCAUGACCCCGCCAGAUCCGACCGACGCACUUCCGUCCAUGCACCACGAUGCCGCUGCGGUAACAACAGCCAUCCAUGUCAUCUCUACGGAGCGUGCCGCCCUCACGCACCUGGAGCAGAUCUACCAGACGGACCGGUUAGCGCAGGAGAACCUCGCGCGGGCUGUGAGUCAGAUCGUGCGCACCGUCCGGAAUGGCGGCAAGCUGGUCGUCUGCGGCGUGGGCAAGAGUGGGAAGAUCGGACAGAAGCUGGAGGCGACGAUGAAUAGCAUGGGCAUCUAUAGCACGUUCUUGCACCCAACCGAAGCGCUGCAUGGGGAUUUGGGCCUGAUUCGACCGCAUGAUAACCUUUUGUUGAUUUCGUUUUCCGGUCGCACGCCGGAGCUCAUGCUCCUGCUCCCGCAUAUACCCUCGACCGUCCCCGUCAUUGCCCUCACAUCGCAUAUGCAUCCGUCCACAUGUCCGAUUCUCUCCUUUCAUUCACCCGAUAUGGGUAUCCUUCUGCCUGCGCCCAUCCACGAACAUGAGGAGGCUUCGUUUGGGUUGAGCGCGCCGACCUCGUCGACCACUGUGGCGCUGGCUUUGGGGGAUGCUCUGGCUUUGGCCUCCGCACGGCGAUUCCACAAUACUCCCGGCCGCGGCCCGGCAGAGGUCUUUAGAAGCUUCCAUCCCGGCGGCGCGAUUGGUGCCGCGUCUGCAGCGUCUGCCGCGGCCGUCUUGACGCCCUCCAGCAUGUCCACGGUGUCAAUCCCGUCGGAUUACCUCCAGAGUGGAUCCACCGCCUCGUCGGAAAUCAUUUCGUUCCCGUCGGCGUCGUCGUCGUCGUCGUCGUCGGACAUCCCUUCCUCGCACCCUCUCAUCGUCGAGCGCAUGGUGGCUCUCGAUCAGAUCCCCGUGGUCUCGGUGUCCACUGCAGACGAGGUCCGGCUCCUGGACAUCCUGCUCACGGCGAUCCAGCACCCCAACGCCAAGUCCUGGGUCGCCCUGUCGCCCUCGGAGCUCAUCCCGCCCAAACACAUCCGUUCCCUUUCGCAGAGCAGCAACGUCGACAUGAAUAUCUCCGCCCUCCCCGCCCUGGGCCUCCCCUUCGCCGUCCCCCGGGAGCACUGGCUGUGCGUCUCCAGCACCAGCACCCUUGACGAGGUCCGGCGCCUGGUCUCGCAGGUCGGUGCAUGCUCGCGUGUGAAGGUGGUUGCCGUCAUGGAGGACUCGGAUCCCGAGACCUGUGUGGGCGUUGUCGAGGCGGAAGAGGUGUGGGGGGACCGAGAACUGUGA